CGGCAGGCAGGCGGUCACGUGAUGUUUGGGUGCCGUCGCCUCCCCGCGCCGCCCCUCCCCCGCCUGGACGCACGGAGCGCGUCCGCGAGCCGCCCAGUCCCAGCGCAGGGAGGAGGCUGGCCUCCCCUUCUGCGAGAAGAUGUCCUGUGGAUCCAUCGCUGGUGGUGGCGGCCCGGGGAGCCGCAGCCCUUUCGGGGGACCCUCUAGAGAAGGCUAUCAACCCCUAGAGUGCGCUAAGUGUUGGAGCGAGUACGGAAUCCGCCAUUUCCCCUGCCCAGCGCCCGAGAGCAGCCUGCAGGACCGCCGUGCAGGGGAGGACCGGGAAGGCGACGUGGGGCCGGCAGGCAUGCCCAGAGGCCUGCAGGCCAGGAGGCGAGGGCCAGCUGUCACCCCCGAAGGCCGCCGGCCUCUGGAGCCCCCCGUGCCGCCCGCCGCCGGCCCGAGGAAGGACCCGGUGGCUGGGCCCCGUGGCCGCGUGGCCGGCGCCGCCCGCGCCAAGAAGAGGAAGCCCAACUUCUGCCCGCAGGAGACGGCGGUGCUGGUGGCCGAGGUGAGCCAGCACCACCAGCUGCUGUUCGGCUCGGGGCUGCUGAGGGCCGCGCCCGCCCGCAAGUACCGCAUGUGGGGCCGCAUCCUGCAGGCCGUGAACGCGCUGGGCUACUGCCGCCGCGACGUCGGCGACCUCAAGCACAAGUGGCGCGACCUGCGUGCCGUGGUGCGCCGCAAGCUGGGCGGCCUCCGCGCCGCUGCCCCUGGCCCCGGCACUGACCCCGGGCCCCCGGCCCCGACCCUCACGCCCGUGGAGCAGGUGGUGGCCGAGACCUUCUCCUGCCAGGCCCUGCGCCCCGAGGGCCUCGGCCCGGAGCCCCGGACAGCUACCCCGGUCGACCCCAGCGACCUCCAGGACCUGUUCCAGGAGAUGGCUGCCAAUGUCUUCCGGAUCAACUCCAACGUGACCUCCUUGGAGCAGAGCCUGCGGUCCCUGGGGACGCCGAGUGACACACAGGAGCUGCGGGACAGCCUGCACGCGGCGCAGCAGGAGACCAAUACAACCGUGGGUGCCAGCACUGGCGCCAUGAAGCAGCUGUCUGACCUCCUGCGGGGCACCUCCCGGCAGGAGCGACUUCAGCUGGACCGCCUGAAAAAUCAGCUGUCAGACGCCAUUCAGCGCUAUGGCGUCGUGCAGAAGAAAAUCGCAGAAAAGUCCAGAGCACUGCUUCCCACGGCGCAGAGGGGCAGCAAACAGAGUCCCCGGGCCCCCCUGCCUGAGCUGGCGGACGAGGAGAAGGUCUUCAAUGGGGGCGACAUGUGGCAGAGCCAGGAGCAGGUGCUGCUCCCGGAGAUCACCCAGGACGACCUGGAGGCCAUCCGGCUGCGAGAGGAGGCCAUCCUGCAACUCGAGAGUGACCUGUUGGAUGUGAACCAGAUCAUCCAGGACUUGGCCGCCAUGGUGUCGGAGCAAGGAGAUGCCAUCGGGUCCAGCAGCAGCAAGCCCCCCUGCCGGCAGAGCUGCAGCCCCGAGCCGGCCCUGGCGGCCCUGCUGCCCGGCGAUGGGCCCGGCCCCACACGCCUACGCCCGGGGCCCCACUCGCGCACCAAGACGCGCAAGCCCAACUUCAGCCCGCAGGAGACCGAGGUGCUGGUGCAGAGGGUGGCACGGCACUACCCGCUGCUGUUUGGCGCCCUGCGGGCUGCCCCCGCCCGGAAGCACCGUGUGUGGAGCAAGAUCCUGCAGGCCGUGAACGCGCUGGGCUACUGCCGCCGCGACCUGGGCGACCUCAAGCACAAGUGGCGUGACCUGCGCGGCGCCGUGCGCAAGAAGCUGGCGGAGCGGCCCUGCGCCCUGCCGGGGGGUGGCCCAGCCCUCAGCCUCACGCCCGUCGAGCGCAUGGUGGCGGAGACCUUCUCAGCCCCGGCCCCCCAGGGCGAGGGCCCGGUGUUCGAGCCCCUGCCAGGGAGUUUUGAAGCCAGCCCUGAGGUGCUCCUGCCCGUCCUGGGGCGCCGUCGGCCAGCAAGCUCUUGGCUGGAGCCACCGGCGCCAACCGGCGAGGAGGACGACAUCCCCGGCUGCCUGUGGGUGCCCCUGCGAACCCUCGACGGCCCCGGCCUGCCCGAGCCCGACGCCCUGGACUUCCGAGGAGUCUUCCCGGCGCCCGCCCCCUCUCCCUCCCCGCCGGCAUCCCCCGCCUCGGGCCCGCCCGCGGCCGCAGUCCCAGGGACCCCCGGGCCCUCCCCGACCCCCCCGGCGUCCUCCGGGAAGCCCCCGGCGGCGGGACCCGAGGCGGGCGCCUUGGAGCAGCGGCUGCUGGAGUGUCACCGGCGGCAGGGCGCCCUGCUCGCCUCCUGGGCCCGGCAGCAGAGCGCGCUGAUGGCGCAGCAGAACCUGCUGCUGCAGCGGCUGGCGGAGCAGAGCCAGCGGCUGGCGGACGGCGUCGAGGCCCUCAACCGCACGCUCGGCGGGCUGGCGGGGGCGCGUCCGCGCACGGAGCCCGCACCCCCCGGGGAUGGCGUCCCCGCGGCCGGAGGGGCCCGGGGACUCGCCCCAGCCUCCCCGGACAGCCCCGCGGGCGCCCCUGCCGGCCUUGAGGCCUUCUCGGGGAUGAUCCUGAAGGUGGAGGAGGAGAUGUAGGCGCGGGCAGCCCGGGUUCAGGGUGGGGGGCGUCGCCACAGGGGCCCCUCCGGGACCGUCUCAGGGACGACACUGUCGGAGCUGGAAGAGGGACAUCGGGGCACGGCACGGCGCCACCCAGCCCGGGCACCCUGGGUGUCUGGCCCUGGACACGGCCCCGCUGGGUGCCUGGGAGGAGCCCCCAAGAGUCCAACUCGGGGUGUCUCCUGGGAGCUUGUCCUCCUCGGGGCGCAGCUGUGAAGGGGCGGGGUUUCCGACCCGGGGAGCCGCGGCUGGGGUCUGCGCUCCGUUCCCUCCAAUUUCAUAUUUAUAUUAUUAUAAAUAUAUGUACGCACAUACGGUACUGGUACCGUAUGGGGGUGGGAUGCCGUUUUGUACCUGUUGAAUUUUCUUGCAAAAAUAUUUUUCUUAAAUAAGCA